GGAAGAUAAUUUGCUCUGUUCGGUGGCGUCUUUAGCAAGUUUAGUAAUUUGUAGAAUAUUGUAGUAGUGUUUGCUGCGUAUAAUUUCCAUUGGAACUAACAGAUCGUUUUUUCACGUUGGUUUUUUUAAAUAGGGAAAUCGUUUUUACUAUCAUCGUUUCUUCGGAAUAUACUUUUCAGUUGUGGGAGAUUCAAGACAGAAGACUGCAGUUUGUGGCUCAGUGGCUUUACAUUUGUGACAUAUAGUUUAUGACCGCAUUCGGUCAUAAACUAUCAAGUGUAGUGUAUCAAGAUGGAUCUCCCCGACUGCCCUCCGGGGGCAGAGGGCUACCAAGACUCGGUCACUGAAAAACCCAUGAAGCUAAAUCUAGAAGACACCCAAUCUUGCACCAAGGCGGAACAGGAGUUCCAGACUCAUCUGAACAGUUUGAAGGUGAAGGUGGAAGAUGGCGACGUGCGGCUCAUGGUGGAGCGCCGCGGCCGCGAUGUGUCCGGCAAGUGGAUCUACCUGUGCUACCCCUGCGCGGCCGUCUGCAGCGGCGAGUCCACAUUGCAGACGCAUAUAUCGGGCAAGAAGCACAAGAACAAGCUGUCGAUGCGCAGCGUCUGGCCGCGCAGUAUCUUCGACGAGCAUCCCUACGUCAUGAGCGAGAAGGGCAAUACCCCUUCGAAACCGACGGAGAAAGUCCUCCAAAAGAUGGCCGCCGAGGUAGACCUACACAACAAGGACCCCAAUGACCUGGACGCCAUCUUCAGCAGGUACCGCAACGUGCGGUGCCACAUCCAGAACAGUAUUGACCAGAUCAAGGCUCCGCUGCUGGGCCUGGAGUACCUGCUGGAGCACCCGCCGGAGCAGGCGCACUACGAGCCCUCGUACAUCUGCGUGCUGUGCUCGAAGCAGGGCCACCCGCGCACCAUCGUCAACCACCUCACCUGCUUCUGGCAUCGGUACAACUAUCUGAUGCGUCACUUCCCGAAAGCCUGUAACCUGCUGGCCCCGUUCCGUGGGCAGGCGAAUUACCGCGAGGGAGUCAACACCGUGAUGAAUAGACUCGCGCAGCGCAUCGAGGACAAGUACGGACGCAUGAAGCCCGCCAACAUCGACAAGGAGGAAUAUGAGAGGGACAAGGAGCGUAUUCACCAGUGGAUAUUCAAGGGCACGCACUACAACGAGCAGAUGGGGCCGACCUUCGAAGAAGUGGUGGACGUCGAGCUGAUCACUGCUCUACAUAAGUCUGGUGACGAUGUUGAGGAAAAGCCUCCAAGUAGGAGUCUCAAGGAUCCCUCGCCGCCGGUAGUCGCCGCCCCUUCUAGACCGCGUCCCGGGCCGCCGCAGCGCGCGCCCUCAGCGGACGUGCUGUCGGACAUCAGCGACGAGCCGCCGCGCCGCCCGCACGAGCGAGACAACCGCGUGCACAGGGAUAGAUACAACAACCGUCACCAGCGAUAUGACCCGUAUCACGAUAAAAGGCGCGGCAACAGCCCGGUCCGCUCGCGGUACGCCAUCAGAAACGCGCCGGAGAAGAACAAGCAAGCUGCCGAUAAGGAAAAGAAACCACCCAACUACGAGUACAAGUUGAAGUUGGCGGAAGAGAAGCGCAAAGCCGCCGAGGACUCCGCGCGGAAGACGCUCGCCUACCAUGAGAAGAACCCGGAGAAGCACCCGCUCUACCCUGAGGAGUGGAAGAAGUUCUGGAACCGCCGCUAUAAGGAGAUACAGGCUGAGGGAAAAGAUCCCUCUAAGCACGACUUCAAGCCCGAAUGGAUAGUAUUCUGGACUACACGCAUGAAAGAACUGCACGACGAAGAGAUGCGAGUGAACAUAACUGAAAUCUACCGCAAGUUGUGUGUGACUCCACCGGACAUGACCCAGCGGCCUCCGGAACCGCGGAGGAAGUCUCCGGAGUCGCGAAGGAAGUCUCCGGAUUCGCGGAGGAAGUCACCGGAGAGACGUCAUUCCCCGGACAGGCGUCGAUCCCCUGAGAGACGUCACUCAAUAGAAAGGCGUCGUUCUAUGGAACGUAAGAGAUUGCCUGAUGGAAGAAGAUCCCCAGAUAUUAGACGAAGGACUCCUCCUGACCUAAGAAGACGGUCUCCCGACCUUAGGCGACGUUCGCCGGAACCAAGAAGACGAUCGCCAGAGCGGAGGAGAUCGCCUGAAAGAAGACGUAUGUCACCGGAAUACCGUCGAGAUCGCAGGACACCGGAACAUCUGCGCCAUUCUCCGUCUCGACAUAUGAUGCGUCCGCGAUCCCGUAGUCCAAUACCGAGAAAUCGCAGCCCCGCUCGUACAUACAUCACGCUGGACUCUGCGCGCGGCAGUCGUAGUCCUCUGUCGCGGCGCGGCGAGUUGUCGCGCAACCGUAGUCCGCAACCCUACCGCGGGCCUGCCUCCAACACAAUCAUGAUUUCCGACGAUGAACUCAACAAUGAUAAUCUAUCACCGUGGAACUCGGAAAACGAUAUGGAUUCGUUGGGCUCGCUCCCGGACGCCAAGUCUCCGCCCCGGGCGCGAUCGCGCAGUGAAAGCCUGGUGUCGUCCCGCGCAUCACGACCGCGCGCCGUGCCGCGGGACUUCCACGGGCCGCGGGGGACGGAGCCGCAGGACCUCGGCCCGGCGGAGAACGUCGUCGCUACCUUGCGGCUGCUCGUCGCCUUGGAGGACUACUUGGGAAGCUUGGGCCCGAAGAUCGUCGAUCUGUUGACUGAGGCCCUGAAGAUGGAGAAGGACAAAGCGAACUCCUCGGAGGAGCUGUUGGAGCGCGAGUCGGCGGUGGUGCUGAUGGAGACGGCCAAGGAGAAGCUGAAGGGCGCCAUGCAGGCGGGGCUGGUGCCGCACGCCGCCGCCGCCGCGCUGCGCAGCGCCGUGGUGCGCGCCGCCGCCACGCUGCACGAGGCCGACAACCGCGCCAAGCGCAAGCAGAAAACAGCGAGCAAGAGUGAGCCGGCGCGUGUGGCGGUGCCAGUGGCGGGCGUGGGCGAGGUGGACCGCGCGCAGAUCGCGCAGCAGAUGGCCGCAGCCCUCAUCGCGCAGGGCAAGACUGACGUCUCCUCCGAGGAGCUCGCGCAGCUCGUCGACGCUGUUGUGGGUAUGGCUGAAGCGAAGAAGCGGGAAGCAGAAGUGAAGAAGAAGGUGGAAGCGCGUGCUCUGGCCGACAAGUUCUCAAGACCCUCGCCCGUGACGGCCCUGUCUGGGACCGCUUCCGCGCUGCAGAUGCUGCAGUCAGCGUACGACGAAAAUGAUAAGAAAGUGGACAAAGAAGACGUGCCGGACGCGAUGGACGGCCUUUCCGAUUCGGAUCUAGAAACGUUGCUCAAGAACUUUAACGAGUUAUCGGCAGAAGAACAGCAUAGUUUGAUAGCUUAUCUGAAGAAGCUCGAGGCUCGCGAGCCAGAGCGUGUCGAGCGACUGCGGCAGUACGUUAGUGCCGCCGCGGGCACUGUCCAAACCCAAGAAGAGCCACCUAAAGUUGAAGACAAAAAACCCGUCGUAAUAGAAAGCGACGAUGAUGACUACACCGUUGAAGAUGUGUUCAAGUCUGCGACGCAAAAGGUGAAGGAAGAUCAGAUACGUCAAGAAAUGGAAAUAGUAAAAAAGUCUUUAGAGGAGUCGAAGUCGACGCCGCCGAUUGUUCCAGACACUCCAAGCACAAGUCCGAACAUGGAUAUCCCCAGCAUAUCAGCGGCCACUGAUCUGCUAGCGUUAGUUCAGGCCUCAAUACAGUCCACGUCUGCCAAUCCCAUUUCCGAUGUCCCUAAAGCAGACGUAGUUACGAGUAACACCCAGCCGCGGUCUUUUGGCGAUGUCAAUCCUAUAGAGACGCUCAAACCACUGAUUCCCGGUGUAACAGGCAACCAGCCCAUGCAAGGCGUGCAGCAACAAACGCCGUUCAAUCAGAACCAGCGCCCGUCACAUAACCGAAUGAAUGUUGGAGGUAACAGGAACAUUACACCUUGGGAAAGAGACAACACAAUGGUGAAUAAUAACAUGCAGAUGAAUAAUAUGAUGCAACAGGAUAACCAAGGUCCUAUGAAUAACUGUGGUCCCACAAAUAACAUUGAAUGUAUUGACAACACAAUGCGUAAUGCAGUCGACAAUCGAGGUCCUAUGGAUAACAGGGGAUCGUAUAACAGAGGACCUAUGUUUGGUCAAGACUCAUUUAAUCAAGGACCAAGGGGUAAUUUCCAGAAUGGGCCAAAGCAGGACAAUUAUGAUACGAGACCGCUUUUGAACCAACCAUUUGGUAAUCAAGGAGGAAACCAACCAUUUGGUAAUCAAGGAGGAAACCAACCAUAUGGUAAUCAAGGAGGAAACCAACCAUUUGGUAAUCAACCUUUUGGUAACCAAGGAAACAAUCAGCAGUUUGGAAACCAACAGUUUGGGAACCAAGGAAACAACCAACAGUUUGGUAAUCAAGGAGGCAACCAACCUUUUGGUAACCAAGGAAAUAACCCACAGUUUGGGAACCAAGGAGGUAACCAACGGUUUAGUAAUCAAGGAGGUAAUCAACGGUUUGGUAAUCGAGGUAGAGGUAGAGGGAUGCGCGGAAGAGGUCGGGGAUUCUACUAGCGUCGCACGCGGUGGCAUUUUAUAGAUGUGAUCACAUAAUAUUUUACAUAUGUAUUACCUUUAUGCAAGUUGUGAUGAACUCAAUAAACUACAUAAUUUGAUUUAAA